AUCCCUCCCUCCCUCCCUCCCGUCCGCGUCUCAGCAGCUAGAUAGGAAGUUAUCCAGUGCGAGUUGAUUCCUUCCCCGUCCCGCACCGCACCGCAUCCCCCGCAGACACAGACACCGAGAUUUUCUGCCUUCAUCGCAUACUCGCCAAUGGCCGAGUAUGCGUGCGGCAAUACUGUGCUGCUAUAUAGAGUAUUCAGUUCGAUGGUGCCGAUGCCGAUGAGUUUCACGUUGUUUUUCUUUCGAGCGCCGUAUCGCUUCCCUCUACUAUCGUCCUCUGUGGCGGUGUGGCUUUCUGUGGCUAUGUAUCUACAUAAUCUACCAGUAUUCCCGUGUGUGGCUCGUGCGAUUUGGUAGAUUGUUUCUCCCGCCACAUACCACUUCGUACUAUGAUAUGAGUUACACAGGUAGAAUUACUUGCCGUCCCUCUC